GUCAUUUUCAGAGAUCAGCAGACGGUUUGAUGAAAAUUGUACUUUUGCAAGCCAGGAAUAGGAAAAUCUGUCGAACCGUUCUAGGACUUAGUGGUCAAUGACCUUUCAUUGCAAUUGUUUUGCUCUGAUUAUUCGUAUAUGGAGUUAACGUGCUUUGAACGUAAAUUGUAAUGUGAUUUCGCGGGUGAUGUAAAAUCACGUCAACACGCAUCGAAUGAUCAUGUUUGGACAUCUUGGCAUUCGGUUUAUUCCCAAACUACAAGGAACUCGUAAUUUUUGCUCUCAGAGCAAGCUUUCAUUCGGUUCAUUUACUAAUCUGGAUUAUAGUAACUGUACCAUCAUCAAAUUUGUGACCUCUAAUGCUGAGUGUCAUGAGCGCAUGUUCAAAGUUAUGUGUAUGGAAGAAUUGCAGAAACGGGACUGGUUGUUCUUUCAGAAGAGAAAUGAAGGAGGCUUGAAUUCAAAUGUUUCAAAGCAUAAAGCUGAGUUGCUAAAUAAUAGCGGACAAUUUAGCAAAGAUGGUCAGAAAUUGAAAAACAUUGGUCACAAAUGUAUCACUCCUGAACAGAACAAUUCCAACAUGCCAUUAAGUACAAUUAGACCAUUGAAUUAUUGUAGAAUGGCAUCUAGCCGUAAUACAUUUUCUCAAUUUGGGAGAGUGCUACAUGGUCAAAUAGAUUUUAUUUCAAAGCCUCAGACUUUAUCAAAGAUGAUUCAUACUUUUGUCAUCAGCCAGUUGGCAACAUUUGAAGACAUGCAUAGGGGAACUGUCUUCACAAAAAAGGAGCCACCAUGGCGCAUCAAGUUCUUUGGAACAGACACCAUUUCACUCGAAACAUUAGCUAAACUUCAUAAUAACAUGACCACAACUGGAUCUGUUGUUGAAUCAUUAGAUGUUGUCACGGUUCCAGGACCAGUAGAAGAAUUUGCCGCGGACCAUGGGUUACCUGUUGAGGAAUGGCCGAUACCGAUUGAGAAUCAAAAGUAUGAUGUGGGUGUCCUGGUUUCAUUUGGCCAUCUAAUUCCAGAAAAUAUCAUAAAUAUGUUUCCAUAUGGUAUACUAAACAUGCAUCCUAGUCUUCUUCCACGAUGGAGAGGAGCUUCACCGAUUGUACACACAAUUCUCAACAAUGACGAGGUUUCAGGCAUAUCAAUCAUGGAAAUAAGACCUAAACAUUUUGACAUCGGUCCCCUACUUAUGCAGCAGCAAGUUUUGGUCCCGCAUCGAUCAACGUCACCAGAACUUUCUGAUUUGCUGAGUCAUUUUGGUGCAUCUGUGAUGUUGAGGUGUCUGAAGAACCUUCCUGUAAUGGAGAGAUUUGAACAUGAGCAGGAGAAAUAUGGUGUCACAUAUGCUCAUAAAAUCAAGCUCAAUAAUUCACACAUAGACUGGCAUAACCAGACAGCUAUAGAGGUGGACUGCCAGUAUAGAGCCAUUGGGGAUCAGUUUCCACUGAAAACAGAACUAGAUGGUCAACCAAUGAAACUGCAGAAUGUUGUUGAUCCAUACCUUUUGAAAGACGUAGGGGGUAAGGGCUAUUUGGGAAAGCUACCUACGUCAGAACCGGGCACUGUUGGCUACAGUAAGCAACAUGGCUGUAUCGUUGUCAAGUGUAAGGUAGGACUUGUUGGAUUUGAAACUGUGAUAGUGAAAAAGAAACUGACAGCUCAGUCUUUCUACAAUGGCUACCUGAACAAGAGAGACCACGUACAGUUCUCCAGCCUCCCGAAUAAUUUGAACAGAUACACAUCCUUAGAAAAGAUCCCUAUGCAAAAUCAGAUGUAAUUUAGGUUUAUUUAGGGACUUUGUACAGUUUACCAGCCUCCCGAAUAAUUUGAAAAGAUAUACAUCUUAAGAAAAGGUUCCUAUGCAGAAUCAGAUGUGAUUCAGUUUUAUUUAGGGACUUUGUACAGUUUGUAAGCCUCACCAAUGACCUUGAACAGACACAUGUCUUUAAAAAAUGGUUUCUAUGCAGAAUCAGAUGUGAUUCAGUUUUAGUUAGGGACUUUGUACAGUUUGUAAGCCUCACCAAUGACCUUGAACAGACACAUGUCUUUAAAAAAUGGUUUCUAUGCAGAAUCAGAUGUGAUUUAGGGACUUGGGACUUUGUUCAGUUUACCAGCCUCAAGAAUGACUUGAACAGAUACACAUCGUCUUUACAAACAGUUCCUUUACAGAAUCAGAUGUGAUUUAAGUUUAUUACAAGCCUUAUGAACAGACAGGAUUCCAAUGAAAUAGACGUGUGAUCUUGUGUGUAACAGUGUUUAAGGUGACCAGAAUCACACUUCUUUGUUUGUCCUUUAAAGAAUCGGUUGUGGCAAGUUUAUAAGCUACUUAUGAACUAAAUGGUAAAAGUUCCUUUGAAAAAUCUGAUGUGAUGAUGUGUGAAACAACCUUUUAGUUGACUUGCAUAGUAAUGCUUGUGAUCUCAAGAAAUUGGACCAAAAACGGUGUUAUAUUGAAUGAUUUUUGGUGCCAAAAUGACUUAAUUAUACAAAGAGAGACAAUGUAAAGGCUACUAGCCUUUUGAACAUUUUGAAACAGGUGCAUCAUAAUAUGUCUUUGGAGAAACUUUGUUUUGAAGAAUCGGAUGUGAUUAUAAAUUAUUUAACUCUUGA